GGUCUGUCUCUGGCUGCUGUCGCUGGUUGUUAAUCUUGUCAAUCUGCUGGUUGCUUAAUCUGCUGGUUAAUCUGAGUUGGGAUGUUUCUAUUCAUGGUUAGUCUGCUGGUUACUUAAUACAAGGCUCCAACUGGUUACUUAUGUAGGUACCAUGGUUCCUGGUAUGAAGACGGGGCGGCGGAAGACAGCAACAAGUGGCAAUGUAUUAUCAGGCUCUGAAGCAUGUCCAGCAGCAGUUAUUGGCACCCCGUUGACGUUAUCUGAUGAGACACAGCCACCAGAUGAUACACAAACAGUGGUGGAGGAGACGCAGCCAGGUGGCGUGGCAGGGCGAAAAAGAGCAACUCGUGUACGAGGACGUACAUUGGGCAAAGGAGUGCAAAAAAGAAUAGCCAGGAAAAAAGGAGAGAAAUUACAUGUGUAUGUCAAUCGGGUGUUGAACGCAAUCACAGGAGGGAAUGCAACCCCAGCGACGAAUGAGUUGGGAUUGCAAAUUAGACGGUUGUGCCCUCUUCAGAGCGUGAAGUCAUGGACGAAAAUCAAUGAAAGUACCAAAGAUGCGGUCAUCCAAGCGGUGCUAGACAAGUUUGUUAUCGGGGAUGAUUUUGAUAAUGAUGAACAAGCUCAACAAAUUCUUGAUAGAAAGGCAUAUUUGCUAUACAAGGAUUGGAGGUACAAUCUAAAGCAAGAGUUCCUCGAACUUGAGGAAAAGGGUGUUGAUGACCCGUAUAGUCAUCCGCCUAGUGGAGUGAGCUUGGAUGACUGGAGAUAUCUUAUUGAUGUUGCUUGGAAAGACGAAUCUCACUUGAAACGCUCUAAAGCUGGUAAAGCAAAUAGGGCUAUGCUCCCGUACAAUCAUACAAGUGGAUCGCGAUCAUUUCCUAUAGCAAUGUCGCUUAUGGCAAAUGAGGAUGGACAAAUAGAUUUCCCUGAAUUUUAUAAGAAAUCACACAAGUCCAAGAAGACGGGAGACUGGAUUGACCCCAAAUGUGGUGAGCUACAUGAUGAUAUGGUCAAUCUACAAGUCGUAGCCACCGAUGCGGGGUUGCCAUUGACCCACGAAGAACUAUCAAGGCAAGUGCUCGGGGCAAAAAAAAAUUACUUGCGUGGAUGUGGGAUAGGCCCACAACCCUCUUCAACAGCUUCGAAUGUGGCACGAGCACGUGACAAACAUAUGGAGUCAAUGAGAACGGAAUUGGAGGCUCUUCGUGAGGAGCGUGAAAGAGAUCACGAGGAGUUGCUGAAGGAGAAAGAGGAGCGGCAAAGAGAUCACGAGGAGUUGCUAAAGGAGAAAGAGGAGCGGCAAAGAGAUAGGGAGGAAAUUAUGAGGGAAAGAAAGGAGCUGAUGAAACAAAUUGAAGAGGAAAAAAAAGCACGGGAGGCACAACAAGUACAACUCAAUCAUUUGAACGACGUGGUGUCACGACUGACAACCCUCUUGCAGGGUUCAGAUGGUCAUCCUACAAUUCGGUUAUAAGGCAUAAUGUGAGUAGACUUUGCAGCAGAUGGACGGUAAUCUGAAGUUCAUAAGGUAACCACUUGAUUUCAAUGAAAUAUGAAGUUAGUUCCCUUUGGCAUAAUUUGAUUUCCAUCGGGUUGUAAUCACUUGAUGGCAUAAUCUGAUUUCAUAAGGUAACCACUUGAUGGCAUAAUCUGAUUUCCAUAAGACAACAUGGAAUUCCAACAAAAUAAAAAAAAAAAAAAAUUUAAACAAAAAUGAUGACCUUUUUUUCUAAAUGUGGAAUUUACUUUUGUUUUUUAUGUGAACUGACUCCGUCCAAGUCCAUGCUGGGAAAUAGUUGGCUAUAGUCUGAAUAACAAAAUUCUUCGUAUUGUUCGGUAGAAGUUAACAUUUGUCAUGUCAAGAUAGCCUGUUCUACGGGCAGAGUUAUGAGUACCUGAUACAACUAUAUAUUACCUGCAAAAAUCGUCAAAUAGUAUCCAAAUGAACCAUAUGGAUGUGAAACUUCUCCAAAAUUCCGAAUUCUGGGGAGUAUCAUCAGUUUGCAGCCUUCUCAGCUGCUAUAUGCAACACAUGGUUAAUAUAUACAGUGAUAAAUUACAUUGAUGGUCUAUAUGUUUUGGCCCUUAUAUUAUUUUGAUCCUUAUAAAUUUAAUGUACUCGAUUUUGAUCAUGAAUUUAUGCUUUUGUGUUAGUUUAGUCUAAUUGAUAACAACUGUGUGACGA